GGUUAUAGUGGAUCAGCAACACCGAUAUUCAACAACCACAACUUGCACACCAAGUCUUGUAAUUCACCGACUGCUACCACGAACAUACAAAGCACCAUAACAUGUCUACCAACACUUCGUCCCACCCGGUCACCACCUACAUCGGCGAAUCGGCUUGGUCCCUGAUCGAGCCCCGCUUCUCCAGCUUUGCCAAAAAGACUCUUGAGAACCUCAUCGACUUCCUCGAGACCGAGUGCCUCCCGGCCGAACACCUCUACCAUGCGCAGAUCCCUCACGACCCCGUCCAGAGGUGGAAGGUCAUCCCGCCUGUCAUGGAAGAGUUGAAACGCAAGGCCAAGUCGAGAGGCUUGUGGAACUUGUUCUUGAGCAAGCUACAUUACCCGGAGCAUGGUGUGGAUCUUACCAACCUGGAGUACGCCGUCAUGGCCGAGAUCAUGGGUCACGCACCCCUCAUCUGCCCCCAAGCGACCAAUUGUGCGGCCCCAGACACGGGUAACAUGGAAGUCCUCGCCCGUUACGCCAACCCGGAACAACAGAAGAAAUACCUCUUGCCCCUCUUGGAUGGACAGAUCAGGAGCUCGUUCGCCAUGACCGAGUUUGGGGUCGCCAGUUCGGACGCGACCAAUCUGGCCACCAAGAUCGAGAGGAAGAAUGGAGAGGUCAUCGUAACCGGCAGGAAAUGGUGGAUCUCAGGUGCAGGUGACCCUAGGAAUGCUAUCCAUAUCCUCAUCGGUCUCUCGGACCCUGAGAACCCAAACCCUCACAAACGGUUCACGAUCGUCUUGAUCCCGGCCGACCACCCUAGCGUCAAGGUUGUCCGCCCGAUGCAAGUGUUUGGAUACGACGACGCUCCCGAAGGACACUGUGAGGUCUUGUACGACCAUGUCAGGCUAAACGAGAAAGAAUGUCUGGUCGGAGGUUGGGGACGCGGAUUCGAGAUCAUUCAAGGCCGACUCGGGCCCGGUCGAAUUCACCACUGCAUGCGAUCGAUCGGAACGGCGGAGCGCGCCCUGAACAUGAUGCUCGAACGGGUAUCCGACCCCAAGCGAAAGACAUUUGGCAAGCUGCUCAAGGAACACGGGACGAUUGUCGGAGAUAUCGCCAAGUCUAGGUCGGAGAUCGAUGCAGCGAGGCUGUUGGUCUUGACCGCGGCGCAUCGGAUCGAUAUCGCCAGGGCCAAGGGGGCCAUGAAGGAUAUCGGGAUCGCCAAGUUCACGGUUCCGACGAUGGCGCUCAAGGUGCUCGACCGGGCGAUGCAAGCGUUUGGCGCCGAGGGUAUCUGUCAAGAUCAACCUUUGGCUCAGAUGUUUGCCGGAUUGAGAACCCUGCGUUAUGCCGAUGGUCCCGACGAGGUACACAUGCUGCAGAUCGGGAGAGCCGAGUUGAAACGCGUGCCUAUGCUCGCCGAACGCAGCAAGCGGAUCAGGGACAAGCAAGAAGCGUUGGAAGGCAAGGGCAAAGUUCAGGCCAAGUUGUAGGCGACGGCACAUGUGUAGUGACGACU